UGUGAAGGGUUUUAUUUUGAAAAUCCAGUAGAGGAAGUGUUUGCUGUUGACUCGAGCAGCUUCCGCGUGCGGUCAGACCGCAAGUCCACGUCAUAACAGGGAGAACUGAAGACAGACUCAGUGAGACCCGGUCCCAGAGUGAGACCCGGUCCCAGAGUGAGACCCGGUCCCGGACUGAACCGUCUUUAAUUAAAACCGGAUCUCCGGACAGGAAAUGGCGGACGAGGCCACGCGCCAGGCGGUGUCUCAGAUCCCGCUGCUGAAGACGCACGCGGGGCCGCGGGACCGCGCGCUGUGGCCGCAGCGGCUGAAGGAGGAGUACCAGGCCCUGAUCCGGUUUGUGGAGCAGAACAAGGGGGCCGACAACGACUGGUUCCGGCUCGAGUCCAACGCGGACGGCACGCGCUGGACGGGCACGUGCUGGUUCAUCCACGAGCUGCUGCGCUAUGAGUUCCGGUUGGAGUUCGACAUCCCGGUCACGUAUCCGGUCACCGCGCCCGAGGUGGCGGUCCCGGAGCUGGACGGGAAGACCGCCAAGAUGUACCGGGGCGGGAAGAUCUGCCUCACGGACCACUUCGCGCCGCUCUGGGCCCGGAACGCGCCGCGCUUCGGUCUGGCGCACCUCAUGGCGCUGGGACUCGGACCGUGGCUCGCUGUGGAGGUCCCAGACCUGAUCAGCAAGGGGCUCGUGGUCCACAAAGAGCAGCAGCGCGACGCGGCGGCGGAGUGACGUCACCGGCCCACCAACACCUGAGCACGAGGGCCGGAGAGUGACCGACAGUAAAAGCGACGAGAAAAUGAA